CCCUCCAUCCUCCAUCCCAUGUUUCGUUAGAAUCACUUAUGUUUCGCGCCAUUCUAAUUGUCACGAGUCAAGUGUUUUUGCCGCGCGUAAGAUAAUAACAUUAGAAUAUUAAUUAAUUAUCAAGUGCCAUUUGAUAUAACAAGCGCGAGAGAUGACGGAGUCUUCUGGUUCCAGUACGGACAUAGAUCCAAAGGAUACUAUCAGCAUCCUAGUAGCCACAGAUAUUCAUCUUGGUUUCGACUACACUAAAAAGAGAGGAGGACAAUCGGAUGAGAGUUUCGUAACGUUCGAAGAAAUAUUGAAGUAUGGCAAAGACAAGGAGGUUGAUCUUAUUUUGUUGGGUGGUGACCUGUUUCACGACACCAAACCAUCACAAACCGCGUUACUCAAAUGCGUAGAACUGCUGCGAAAAUAUUGCUUAGGCACUAGAGAAUGCCAGCUGGAGUUCUUGAGUGAUUCAGAACUGGUAUUCCGACACUGUGCUCAAAAACAUGUGAAUUAUGAAGAUCCAAAUUUGAAUGUCUCAAUGCCAGUAUUUACUAUCCAUGGAAAUCAUGAUGAUCCAAGUAAAUGUCGUUGCUAUUGGUUUUUUCAAGUCUCUAACUAUAAAUUACAUCCUAUUUAUUAUUUGGUAGGUUUUGGUACUGUUGGUUCAAUGGAUGUAUUGUCAGCUACUGGACUCAUAAAUUACUUUGCAAAAUGGACAGACCUUUCCCGUAUAGUUGUAUCUCCCAUAGUUUUGAAGAAACAUAAUACUCAUAUUGCCCUUUAUGGUUUGAGUUACAUUAAUGAUCAAAGAUUAUCAAGAUUAUAUAGGGAUGAGAAGGUGGAAUUGUUGCGUCCGAAGGACAUAGACACUUUCAACAUAUUUGUUUUACAUCAGAAUCGCGUUAAGCAUGGCGAUUAUGCUUAUAUACCAGAAGGUAAACUGCAUAAAUUCCUUAAUUUGGUUAUUUGGGGUCACGAGCAUGAGUGUCGUAUUAACCCAGAACUCAAUACAGAAGGUGGAUACUAUAUUUCUCAACCAGGAAGCUCCAUUGUUACUUCUUUAUGUGAGAGUGAAUCAAAACCUAAGCAUGUGGGUCUCCUUAAAAUUAAUAAAAGUAAUUUCAAGAUGAAAGAAUUAAAAUUAAAAAGCGUUCGACCAUAUAUUUUUGAUAAUAUGAUUCUCCAUGAUCAUGACAUUAAAGUAGGAGAUUGCGUCUCAAUAGCAGAUUCUGUGAGUCAAUAUGUAGAUCAAUAUAUCGAAAAUGAGCUCAUACCUAAAGUUGCUGAACAACUCACAGGAUAUCCUAAUCAACCAGUCCAACCUUUAAUUCGUUUAAGAAUAUUUUAUGAUGAUGAUAAUGAACAAUUUGAUACAUUAAGUUUGGCGCAAAAAUACUGUGAUGAAGUUGCUAAUCCAAUGGAUAUGAUUCUAUUUCGUAAGUUAAGGAGUGGAGACAAAACAAAACGUGGCAUUGUUCAUGAUGUUCUUGAUGAUAUGGAUGAUAUUGCAGAAUUAUUUCAAGGAGAUGCAGACCAGGAUUGGACUAGCACAGUGCCAGGAGGGAUUAAAAAAUAUUUCGAUAUGGAAGAAAAUAAGGAUAAAUUAACGGUAUUAACUGUAACAGCAUUAAAUGAAGCUUUAAAUCGAUAUGUUGAUAAAAGCGAUAUAGAUGCCUUUAAAAAUAUUGUAAGAGACCAAAUGAAAAGAACUAUUGAAUAUGUAGAAGCGCAAAAUACUGAGACAGUGGAAGACAUUCGCGAGGAAAUUAAAAAUUUCCGCAACAAAAGGCUUUUAGAAGAACAGGAGGAGAAGCAUAACAUUCUGGAAGCACUGGACAGGCCACAGCAAACGAUUCCUAGAACAAAUCUUAAGCAAUCUUAUUUAUCAACAGAUAAUGUAACACUUGAUAGUAAUGAUAGUGAUGAAGAUUUAAAUUUAACAUCGACUAAGACUAGAGGAAGGGGUAGAGGUUCUAGAGGCGGUAGAGGAUCCAGAGGACCUAGAGGAAGUCGUGGCAAAGGAAAAUCUAAUGAAAACAACGUUUCUACUAUGCUGAAUUGCAAAAGUGCGCAGCUGAAAUCUCGUAACCAAUUCAUUAUUUUAAGUGAUUCCGAUUAAUUAAGUAUAUGAGAAGAUAAACACACAUAUGAAAGAUGCACCUUAUAUAUAUACAUAUAUAUAUAUUUUUUCAUGUAAACAAACAUUUUGUAUAAGUAAAAAGUUUUAAUAAAAAUUAUAAUAAAUAUCUAUA